AUGAAUGGAGAACAGCAGCAGGAGACAGAUGCAGGAUCUGGUGUGGAAGAGGCUGAAUUCAAUUGGGAUGAGUAUUUGGAAGAUACAGGAGCACUCGCAGCACCCCACAGCUCAUUUAAGCAUGUGGAUACUAGCCUACAAAAUGGCUUUGCGCCUGGCAUGAAAUUGGAGGUUGCUGUCAAACCUGACCCUGAUACAUACUGGGUAGCCACCAUCAUUACCACUUGUGGGCAGUUACUGCUACUACGAUAUGAUGGUUAUGGAGAGGACCGCAAAGCUGACUUCUGGUGUGACAUCAUGACAGCUGACUUGCAUCCAGUUGGCUGGUGUGAGCAGAACAAGAAGGCUCUCAGAGUGCCUGAAGGCAUCAAAGAUAAAAUUUCUAACCAGGAAGAAUUUCUGCAGCAGACUCUGAAGGGAGCUUGCAGUGCUCCUGCCAACCUUCUAGAAGGGCUCCAUAGAGGGAAGAAUCCUUUGGAUCUAAUCGCACCUGGUUCAAGACUAGAAUGCCAGCACACGAAGGAUUCCCUGGGAGCUUGGAUAGUCAAUGUAAUAGAAAAUAUUGGUGGAAGGCUUAAACUGCGUUAUGAAGGACUUGGAGAUUUAGAUCAGUAUGACUUGUGGAUGUUCUACUUGGAUCCCUUUCUCCAUCCUGUGGGUUGGGCAACUCAGCAGGGUUACGUCCUUGAACCUCCAUUAGCUUUUAGGCACUUGAAGACUGAGGCAGAAUGGCAGGAGAUUCUAGCAACAGUAAAACAGGAAGAAGAAGAAUCUUUGGUGCCCACUGAUUUGUUCAAGGACAAACCUGUUGUUGGCAUCCACUCAUUUGCUGUGAACAUGAAGUUAGAAGCUGUUGAUCUGGAAGCACCUUUUAUCAUCUCACCUGCUACUGUUAUAAAGGUAUUCGAUGAUAAAUAUUUCAUGAUAGAAAUAGAUGAUCUGCGAUCAGAUCAUACUACAAGCAAGUCUUAUGUCUGUCAUGUCAACAGUGCUGGUAUUUUUCCUGUGCAGUGGAGUCUAAAGAAUGGUUUGCAUCUCAGCCCUCCGCCUGGCUACCCUGGGCAAGACUUUGACUGGGCAGACUACCUCAAGCAGUGUGGAGCUGAGGCUGCUUCCCAGAGCUGUUUUCCCUUGCCGAAUUCUGACCAUGGUUUUAAGGAGAACAUGAAACUAGAAGCUGUGAAUCCACAAGACCCAGAAGAAAUUUGUGUUGCUACCAUUACAAAGGUGAAGGAUUCCUAUCUCUGGCUGCAGCUAGAAAACUCUAAAGUGCCGGCCCAUGAGUGCAUUGUGAGUGUAGAAUCUAUGAAUAUAUUUCCAGUAGGUUGGUGUGAAACUAAUGGAUAUCAGCUCAGGCCUCCUCGCAGAGGAAUAGUGAACAAGGAGAAGAAAAUUGCAGUGGUCCAACCAGAAAAGCAAAUAUUGUCUUCAAGGACUGUCCAUGAGGGGCUAAAGAGCCAGGAACUGAACUCAGCUGACACAGUUGUAUCUAACGGCAAAUACUGCUGUCCAAAGAUCUACUUCAAUCAUCGCUGCUUCUCAGGGCCAUACCUUAAUAAAGGUAGAAUUGCAGAACUGCCACAAUCUGUGGGACCUGGGAAUUGCGUCCUUGUUCUUAAAGAGGUUCUCUCUCUGUUGAUCAAUGCUGCUUAUAAACCCAGCCGUGUUCUUAGAGAAAUACAAUUGGAUGAGGAGGCUACAUGGCAUGGAUAUGGAGAAACCCUGAAAGCAAAGUAUAAAGGGAAGAGCUAUCGUGCCACAGUGGAAGUUGUGAGAACAGCUGAUCGAGUGGCAGAGUUCUGUAGGCAGACCUGUAUCAAACUGGAGUGUUGUCCAAAUCUCUUUGGCCCCCAAAUGGUGCUAGACAAGUGUUCAGAGAACUGCUCUGUUCUGACAAAAACCAAAUACACCCAUUACUAUGGGAAGAGAAGAAACAAAAGGAUUGGCCGGCCACCAGGUAUCCACAGCAACAUAGAAGCAAGCAUGAAGAAGGCAAGCAAGAAAAGAAAGAAGCGGAAAAACUUCUUUGUUCAUAAGAAGAAACGAUCCUCUACCUCUGUGGAUAACACACCAGCUGGCUCACCCCAAGGCAGUGGGGGUGAAGAUGAUGAUGACCAGGAUGAGGUGGAUGAUGAAUCCCUAACAGAGGACAGUGCCUCAGAUCACCAAGACGAUCUGCUUGAAGAGUCUGAAGUGUCAGAGAAGAAAUCACAAUCCUCCUCACCAACACAGAGUGAGCAGUCACAUUUUGUGGCUCAAGACAGGGACAAACGGAAAAGGAAGCUACGUACAUUUUCUUUCUCAGAUGAUGAAAAUAAGCCUCCCUCACCAAAGGAAAUCAAGAUAGAAGUUGGUGAAAAGCUGCAGCUGGAUAGCAACCCUUUGGAAUGGAGUGUAGCUGAUGUUGUGCGAUUCCUCAAAUCCACAGACUGUGCUCCAUUAGCUAGAAUAUUUCUGGAUCAGGAAAUAGAUGGGCAAGCCCUUCUCCUACUUACUCUUCCUACUGUUCAGGAGUGCAUGGACUUGAAGCUUGGCCCAGCCAUUAAACUUUGCCAUCACAUUGAAAGAGUCAAAUUUGCCUUCUACCAGCAGUUUGCUAACUAA